GGUUCCCUAGGCCACUUCGCAGCAGCAGCCAUGUAAUCGUAUGCAUCCAUGAAGCUGAUCGCUUGGCUGCCGGGUUCUUAUUUUGCGACGCUUCCGUACGACUGGGUCCGUUGCCGCUUAUGCCCACCACGGCAUCAUCAGCCCGAAUGGCCGCUGCGCCGGCCUGAAGACACGGCGCUGCCGCAUCUUGUGGCCACGACGAACCAACCGCCGACGACGCUUGGCUAGCUUCGGCGCCCGCCCUGCUUGUAAACAUGGCGGACGUCUCUGUCAAACGAGAGGCCGAGGAGGACGUGGCAGCUGAAGACACCACAGAUGCCAUGGCAGCAGCUGACCUGCAGACUACACCAGCGCAGGCAGCUGGGCGCCGCACACGCAAACCCGUCCAGCCCUUGGGGGGCGUGGUGACGCGGAGAACCUCAGCUCGACAGGUGGCGUCGUCGGCAUCCCGUGGAAGCGCAGCCACCGAAAGUAGCAACAGUACGCCACGACAGAGCGGACGCGCAACGCGGCAGGCGGGGCCCCGUACGCGGGCCACGCCCGCCGCAGCCGCGGAGGGUGACGCACCAGCCGGCACCACGCCGCAGCGCGCCAGUGGCCGGGGCACCUGGAAACGCAAGAAGUCUGACGCGGAAGAGCUCUCCACAUCGGAGCCUGAGAUGGAGCACGACGACUCCGAUUCUGAUCCGGUGUGGGUGCCAGACGCGACGGCAAGCAGCAAAGGUGCGACUGGGGCCGAUGCGGACUCGCCAACAGCGGCCAACGACAGCACGGAGCCCGUGGCAAAGGUGGCGCGUCGCGGGAAGCCAGCGAAGGCAACCAAGGCAAAAGCCGGAGCGCGGAAGGGCGCGGCGACGGCAGGGAAGAAACCCAAUGGAGCUUCAAAGAGCGAGGCUGGAGCAGGAGGAGGUGCGGCCAAAGGAGGGCGGCGCGGCACUGCGCGCAAGACAGAGCCGGUGCCAAGCAUCGACCUGGGCAGCAGCGUUGCAUCACCAGAUUCACUUCAGCUCAAGGUGGAACUGCCUGGUGAUAGCGAAGAGGCGCGGUGGCAACGCUGCGUGCAGGUUGGCAUCACUGGCGGGGUCAAGCGGGACUACACACGCCGACCCGUGACCAACGCCAGCGCGUGGAGGACACCGGUGCCCGUUGUGGUGACGGAGCCGGGUGCAGCCAGCACAGGAGAACUGCAACCGGGUGACUACAUCAUCGCAGUGGCCGACGUGCACCGCGCGCGGCCGCCCAUCUGGCGCAUUGAGGGACGGUCACUGCUGCAACGCUUCGAGGCUCUCGAGACUGGCGAGGACACCCUCCUUUACCGGAACAGCUCCUCCUUUUCAGCGUGGAACCCGCUGGAGCAGUCCAAAUAUGCCAACAUAUCCGUGCGGGUGCACUCCAACAGCCGGUCAGCCACCGUUGUCGAAGUGCUCGAGAUCCACGCCAAUCCGAACUCCAGCCUCGCCAAAAAUGGUGGCACGGAAGCCAGGUCUGCGGCAUGUGGAGACCAGCAGCCCAACCUGGAGGAGAAGUUUGAGGUGUACCUGCAGACGCUGCUGAGUCACGUGCUCGAUCCUAACUUCCUGGCCGAGGUGCAUCGCGAGAAUGACGAGUACUUCCUCGCCAACCUGCAGACGGUGGACGGCGAGAACGAGCGCCGCGGCUCCCAAAUCCGGCAGCCCCUGUGGGGUCCCGAGCUGUGGUUGGUCAUCACCACGCGGCCCGACGUACGGGUCACCGACCUCCGGCCCACUCAGGCCACGGCGGCUGUCAAUAUUGAAACUGAAAACUCGGCGGGGGGCAACGAGGUCAUCGUGAUCAAGAAGGAGCCUGUCGACGAAACUCUGUGCGAGGCGUGUGGGAAGGACGUGGCUUCGCGAUUGGCCGAGUUCUCUGGCGGACCUUACGACAUGCUGGACCUCUCCUUGGAACCCCGCUGCGACGACAAGCCAUGGGCAUGCAGCUUCCAGUUGUGCGCCUCCUGUGCUGACCCACUUCCUACCUUCAGUGAGCUGUACCACUACAAGUACCACACUUUCCAUCGAUGCAGGGAGAAGAUCGAGCGCUUGAAACAGGAGCAGAAUGUAACCGAGUCGCAUAUCAUCCUUGAGCGUUGCCUGCAGGACGACACAUGGGUCAACCAGAUGUAUAGCAACCUGCAGAAGCUGUGGCGGACAUGCACACUCGGGUCCAGUUGACCGGCUUAUUCAUCCACCAGCUACGGCCGGCCACUCUGGAUUUCCCUGUUUGGUGUUAUCAUCGCUCCCAAAGCCUGCUCCUUCAACCACAGCGCACACGCUUUAUGUGUACAGUCAUUUACGUUUAUUUUUAUUUUUUUCUUUCUUCGUCUCUUAACUCUUCUCAUGCCUCCCACCUUUUCCCCGCGAAACGGGGAAAGCUUUCCCCUGGACCUGCCCUUGCCUCCCUAAACCAUUGGCUUUGUUGUCCCCACUGUCAUCCAGGCAAGCAUCACUGUCCCUUCGCUUAGUGUAAGCAACACUUCAGUUAUUCUUGUAUGCCCCUCAUGCGUUUUCAUUAGUGAAGCAGGGUGCAAAGUAACACACUCGUGAGUGAAGGUAAAGCAGAGUAGAAUCUUCAAGUCAGCACUUUACUUGCGCCGUUGGGCUCGAUCGUAUCGGGAUAUUUGGCUUUUGGUUUCGAGCCAGCAUAUGCAAUGGACGGACUCCAAGUUAUGUGGUGAUGGCCCCGUUCGCUUGGGUGCAUGCUGUAGUCUUCCCCUGGGGAUAUAUUGCAGAAACCAGCUUGGUUUGGCCUUCCUUUGUUGCCCCAUAAUGCUUGCAGUGUGCUCUUUGUGCUGCAUGCUUAUGACACGUCGUGUUUGGUCUAGACGCGAUGUGUUGGGCGGUGGUGUGUUGUGAAUUUUGCGUGUAUGGUUCGUGUGUUCCUCGUGGUCUUUGUUGCACAAAGACUGUAGGGCGCGGUAACACUAGGAAGCGACUUGCGAGGUGUCACUCUUCUUUAAUGGGUUGGUGGAUGGCCAGAAUAAUGUGUUAUAAUGAAAAGAAAUACAAAACAAAGGGGCCAGUAUGAAUGCAAUCUUGUAGGGUAUUUAAAACACAAAAUCCAGUUUAAGCCAUCAGCGCUUCACUGACCAGUUCUGAAAAAACAGUGCAACUUCACUGCUUCUUUCACCACCGGCAGAAAAGUGAAAUGCAGAUUUUGCAAAAACAAUUCUCUACUUUCGGGCAGCAGUGUGGUUCUUGCGCAAGCUGGAUGCACCAGCCUCGUUAUGUAUCAACGUAACUGCAAUGCUGUAACUGCAGCAAACCAAUGAAUCAAGUUCAGAGGCUGUAUUUUAUAAUGAUUAUUUGCAUGGGGCCACCUUGCUUUUGCAAAAUGCUGCAUCUAGCACGCUUCAUGAAAGCAACAGUCCUUGUAUCAUCUUUUUCACAGCCUCCAUGAUUAGGUAGCCUCGCAAAGCCAUUCUCAGUUGCGCCACCAUUCUCAGAGGCCAUGGCUGGCUUUACCUGGUAAAUGCGCGCACCACAGAUGAUGUGCCCCAAAAGCAAAAGAGCCCAAGCACACUAGGGCAACCCACAUCCAUUUUUUCAGCCUCCUGGUUGGCGCCAGCUUGCAACAGACUUGGUUAGAUUCUCCCAGGGUGUUUGACAUCAGACGUGUGUGCCAUAAUUGAUAGAGGGUUUGUACAUGCAGGCAUUACUGGAACAGUGUAGUAUCUCACCACCUCAACCCCGUUUAGAGUAUGCAAGGACCAGUGAACUUCCAGUGGUCCACCUACCGCAGUUGUUUCCGACAACCCAAGAUCAACUGCCCUGCCCAGCUUUCUUCACCAUGCAAAUCUCUCCGCCGUCCUUUCUCCUCCUCUUGCAAAGUUGUUUUUGAUACGGCAAUACAGCAGAACUGUAUUGCCCUAUAGACCGAUUUUUGCAGCUACCGGCAUGGAAAAAGAAAAGCACACGAACAAAAGUAAAAUAAGAAUGAAAAUUUCAAAAGCUUUUGCAGUGCUCUUGUGACUUACUGUAAAAGAACAAAGGGAAGAAUGAAUCAUGUUCUUCUCGCAGUGAUCAUAGCAUUUAGGGAAUGAGCAAGGACUGUAGGCACACCGCAUCGUGCAGUACUGCAGUAUGAAAUUCUAAGGUAAUGGUGGGAUCUGCUCCACUGACAUAUCAUUGUCCAGUGCAAACUGGCUUCUCGGCAUUGCAUUCCUAACAUUCAGGUUUGAAAAUAAUUAGGUGUGCGAUGGGGCAUCGUUCCGCGCUACUGUUCAUUCAUUCCUCCUGCAGAAUGGGUUUGACAUUGUUUCGCCACUGAUCACGUUGCUGUGGUCUCUCCAUCAUGUAACAUGUCACCAUUCGACUCCUUUAAGUGGCUGCUUAACGGGAGUUUUCAUGGAUCUGAUUUAAUUGGGUUAAAAAAUGGCAGCUUAGGUAUUGCAUCACUGGUGUGGUUUUGUCAGGCUGGCUUUGGCUUCCAUACCUGAAUUUCUUCCCCGUUAUGCCACUCCGCGAUCAUUAUCAUCAAUGUAGGUGGUUACAACCUGGCAAAAUUUAUCAUGGUGGGUGGCCGAUUGUCUUCUAUAUAAUGUACAAAGCAUACACCUAUACCUUCUUUUAAAGCGAAGUCGCAUUAGCUACAAAGGUAAUUUCAUUAUAUGCGAUAAGUACGUAUUUGUUAUCUGCUGAUCUCGGCAAGAAAGGAAUUUAUGUUCGUUUAAUCCCACAAUUUGUUAUAUCUACACUGAAUGUUAUGUACUGAUUUCCACUGGGGAUUUUUUUUUAUGCUUUGAUCGUGCUCUUAGUUUGAACGUGCUCUCCCGUGUGGUGCAUUUAGACGAAGCUUUAUUUAUUUAUUGAGAAGCGGGACAUUUUGGAACCUUAAAUUUUGGCACUUUCACUUUCUUGGUGGCUUGCGAUUGCAAACGGAUGGUCUUUAUACUCUCUAUUACUGGGGUUUUCUGAAAGCAUGCUUCUGACUGUUAGCAGGGCCUAUUAUAACCGACAACCGCUGUGGUUAAUGUUCGCUCGAUAAACUAAUCACCUUUUUUAAAGAGACGCUACUGGGGAAACUGAUCAGGUGUGGCUUAUAAGUUUUCUGCAUGGCCUAAUCAAUAUAUCUGACAACGACAUUACAAUGAAACCUAAACUUCUUCCCUAGUUGGAUUUUGUGCCCAUUCGCUGAUCUCUUGGUGCUUUAAUGUGUUAGGUGGAUAUUGUGUGACCUAAGGUGCCUACAGAUGUUGCUGGUUAAUAUUACCAGCUUCAUUUUGGAACAUGAAGCAAUUCAUUCAACUUCAGUUUGUACCUUGCCUUACUUGCUGAAAAGAUCAACGGAUUUCCUUAAAAUCGCAUACUCAAAAUUCUGCCAGUUCAGAUAGAUUACUUUCAUCCUAUUUAUAUGCGUGCCAGGUAACUGUGUAUAACAAAUGAAUGAAGACUGCCGAUCAGCUUUUCUGGCUUUUUUUUUAGCUGAAGCAGUUUUGUUAUUGUCACCAGGUUUAUUGGCAUUUCAUUAAUUUCGUCACAUUCUUCCAAAGAAAAUCAGUGCGAAGAAGGGGAGUUGAGUUGCCCGGUUUCUGUUAGUAACUACUACUUGCAUGAAUCCACCAGAUUAAAAAACCCUGGCUUCGUUAUCUGUCGGUUUUAUAUGGCUGUCUUAAGGAGAGAGCAUCGUAGGGAAAUAACGCAGCAUGCACAGUGUUCACACAUUUUGGAUGCGUAUAUCCAUAACCGGUGCUAGCCAUAGGAAUUAUAACAUGCUUUGAACAUUGGCUGGCUUUGUUUUUGCUUCUUUAAGUGGCAUGUCCCCUGGGGUUAAUUGUAAAAAGUUGAUUAAAAAAUUUUGUGCACCUUAUGAUUCUCAUGGCAUCGUGUGAACCAUUUUUUUACACGUUAGCUUGACCUAACGGUUUCCCCUGGUGUCCCUUUAACGUACCGCUUCCGUGUUGUGGUGUUGCUUUUAGUGUUGUGGGGUGAAACAUCGUUCUGUCAAGAGAUGAGACUGUUAUCUGUACCUGUGUGCUUGUAGAUAGCCUUUUGACAAUGCUUCGAGCCAACCAGCUGUGGUUUUCACGAAAAUUUUGCAUGGAGCAGUAUUAUAUUGCCUGAUGUGGUACAUUGUUUGUGUGCGUCAUUUCAUUCACGGCAGUUAAACUGCAGAAGAGAACUCGCAAGGCAGGCUCCUAUUUUAGAGUGCUGGCAUUUUGUUGUGAACUUUAUUUCAAUGGCUGUUUCGUUCUUCAUAAGCAGUGGCUGUUUGUCCGGAGUCUCAUUCAAAGGCAUGUGAACGGCUUUUCAGUUGCGCAAGUGCGUUAAGUUUUUGUACUACCACUAUUUGAUGUUCAUUUUGAGGGAAUGAGCUGCUUUAGUGGCCUAAGUAGUAGUGUGCAUUUUGGAAAAUUCGUUAUGACGGUAAUGAUAUAAACUUUCUGCACAUUUACUGCAUGGUUUCAUGCCCUUCACGAAAGAAACACUGCCGACACUCGUUAAUUACGCCAAGUUUUUCUCUUGAACCUGUUCCAUUGGUGUCAUGCACGCAACUGUGUGUGCGUGGAGCAGUUUGCAGUGCAGCUCGCUUGGUUAGCGCUGUUGCAAAAUGAACAGGCUGGACAGACGCUGUGAAAUAAUAUGCUCCUUAAUGCAAUCUGCACUGCAUGCUAUUGUGGAUGCACGCGCACAUAGCAGUAAAGUAUUUGGGCAUAUGGCUAUUACUAUGUUUCGGUCUUUCGCCAGCUGUACUGGUGCGUGCACCGCGCAACUUAUCUUGGCAAACACAAUGCUGUAAAGUUGUAUAGGCAGUGACAGUGGUGUACUAAAACUCCCUGAUAUAUGUUGCAUUGCAUUGAUGCGUGGCACGUUGCGUUUGGAAGAUUGGGGACUUUGAAUAUACUGCUACUCUUUGUCAGUUCUUGCUAUCUGUCUGAUCCUUAAUAUUUGUUGCUUGAUUAGUUUUUAUCUUGUUAUAUUAUAUUGUUGUUUUAGAUAUUUAGUUUUUUUUUUUGGAAUGGCAAUGCACAUGUCAAUCGCACAAUGAUUGGACUGGACAUCUCUGAUCUGUAUUGUAUUUUUUCUGUCAGCUUUAGCCACAAUGCAGAGGAGGUUUGUGGAGCAGCUGGUUUUGUUUGUGCAGUGUACAAAGGGAUAGCUGUGCGACUGUAAUGUUUGGCUGAGUGUUGCUAGGCUCCUCUGGUAUUGUGGUAAAGUAUAGCUCGCAGUGUGCAAGUCAGGGAAGUGACCUGCACAGCCAUUGUCCGAGAUGCUUGGUGCACUCUCAUAUGCUCCUGUGUCUGAUCUUUUUAUGCAUAUUCACAUUGUGUGUGUGUGCGUGUGGCUAAACACGUCUCCAGAGUGUCAAACGCAGAGACGGUUGAACAAAAAAUGUUUUAAUAUGUUGUGCACACGGUGGCCAAAGGACGGGACAGAUGACAAUGCUUCUGUGAGAUUACACUUGGUUGUUUUAACUGCUUUUCCAUAACAUUGAACCUCCACCUUCCACAGAGUGUGAUCCUUCGGUGGGGAAAUUAUUCUGUACAGUCUCAUGUCGGAGUUACUGAAUUUGUCUGCUAAGCAGUAAGGUAAGGUCUUGUUUCGAGGCACAUUUCGAAGCUCUAAUAUAUUGAGAAGUUUGCAGUAACUGCUACCUACCAGUUACAUUCGUCCUGGGUGAGGCUUUUGUUCAAAAAUUAGAUUAAAUCAGGUAAAACACUGCUUACUGCCUUCAAACCAGCUGACGUCCCUGUCUCGGCUAAAGGAACAUGCUAGCAACGCAUUAGACUAUUGUUUCCUGCCUCACUGGCAUCAUGUUUGGACGCAAACUUGUAGUUAUGUGCGUGUGUCAGUUUUUCUAGGUUGGGUCAGUGGCCAUGCUUUCAAAGUAAGGCAUGAAACUGCGGUUCAGUAGUGGAUGCAAGUUUUAGCGAGUGCCUGCAGCCUAAAACUUUGUAUCACUGAGUGAAAGCUCUGAAAGAAGAAAGUGACCCGAAAGACACCAUGUGAUGCAUGGUCACAUUCUCGCAAUUGGGCCGCGUUAGUUACGGCCUACCACAUUGGCAACGUCUGUCCUGUCUUUUUGCCGUUUUUGCGCUCUCGUUAUUCUCGGCUUUCUUUAUCGUUUUUUCUCUCGCUCCACCAUACUCCACAACUUAGCCACUUCCCAACCGCACGGUUGGUGCUGCUGCGCGAGUUACGCUGUAGCUUGAUAUGAUCACACUUCCAUACCCACGUGUUUGUGACUUAGCACCAAUCGUGUCGCAAGCCUGGAUGUUUCUUGCAAGAGUCCUAUGCAUGUCAGUGGGACAUUGUGUAUAUACGAGUGGCGGGAGUCAUUUGUAAGCUUUGGUUUUCGCAGCAUCCUUCUCUUUUGGCUGCCAUUUAAUAGUGAUUUAACUUUAUCCGCAACGGCUGCACAGCUUCGAUUGUCUGGGGACCUCCUUGUGGAAAAAUGAAAUAUGCAUAAGGGCAUUCUGUGCAGCAUUGACUCCUUGCCUGCAAAGGCUGGCUGUAGUUGCGCUUCAUUUGCACUAAUGAGGGCGAUUUUAUUUUGCUUGUUUUCAUUUACUGCAUUCUCUCAGUUGACAACAUGCAGCAAUUGCACCAACUGCUAUACAAGUCUUUUUUUUUUUCGCUAGUAGUUUCACCGCAACACUGCAUCAAACCUGCUGGAAGGCAUUGCACUUAAAGAGCUGCGUUGUAGACAGGUCUUAUGUGCUCUAUGUAAUUUUAUCGAUUGUAGUGUUGUACGAAUUUUUAUGCAAGCACUGCUUUAUUUCUCGUGAUUGCUGUAUUGCUCGCAGCAUCUGCCUGUUUUGCACUGCCGUGUUUGCAAAGGGAGUGCUUUCUUUAACGUCCCACUACUCUUUCUUUUUUUUUGUUGGUUUCGCCAUGCCUGACCUUGGCUUCACUGCCCUUGGUGCUCUUUUCUUUUCUAUCUCUUCGGAAACUGACAGUUCAGGAUGACCUGCCUCACCCCGUUACGACAACUCUGGGUACUGUCGAAGGUGCCAGCGAGCAACCCAGUUGUCUGUAUUCCUCUUCACCAACUUUGUUCUGCAUCUUAGCCUUGCAGAAGCAUCUAUGUCACACCAUGGUCGAGAGUGUAUUUGUACAAGCGAUUCUACUGUUCAUUUUUUAACCAUGCUGUACUUUUUUUUUUCGUAGCCAGUAGUGGUCAGGGGAAAUAAAGCAUGUCACAUAGUCCCA